CUUCACGACGCCACUCUGCGCUUAUUGCAGUCGUACUCUGUGUCCUGAUAUCUCGACGUAUCUUAUAUCCUCACCAAGCAGCGCAAAGCGGCCGUCCAACAUGGGAGAGUCAAGGCAGGAACUCAUCGCCUGGUUAAACAACCUCCUCCAGCUCAACAUCACCAAAGUCGAACAAUGCGGCACUGGCGCGGCGCUCUGCCAGGUCUUCGACAGCAUAUUCUAUGACGUGCCUAUGGGGCGAGUCAAGUUCAACGCCAAUACCGAAUAUGCAUAUCUGCAGAACUUCAAAAUAUUGCAGAACGUGUUCGCCAAACACGCCGUCGACAAGCCCAUCCCCGUCGAGAGGCUAGUGAAAUGCAAGAUGCAGGAUAACCUUGAGUUCCUUCAGUGGACCAAGCAAUACUGGGACCAGUACUUCCCUGGCCACGAGUACGAUCCGCUUGCCCGCCGCAAAGGACAGGGCGGCAUCGCCGCGACCGGCGCCCCCCCAGCGGCCCGUGCAGCCUCCAGUACCGCCCGACGAGCUCCCGCUGCAAGCAACUCCGCCGCCCCGAGGACCCGUACGCCGCUCGGAUCCGGAGGCGGUGCCGCCAGCGCGGCCCUGCGAGAGGAAAACAACGUGCUCAAGGAGACGGUUGCCGGCCUCGAGCGUGAGAGAGACUUCUACUUCAGCAAGCUCCGCGACAUCGAGCUGCUGAUCCAGCAAGCCAUGGAGGCCGAACCAGAUCUCGAGAAGGAGGACGGGCUGCUCAAGCAGAUCCAGAACAUCCUCUACUCGACCGAAGAAGGCUUCGAGAUCCCCGCGGAGGCUGAGGUGGGCGAAGAGGAGACCUUCUAGGCGAGGGCGUGAUCUUCUGCAUUUAAGCGCGGGACUGGGUCGGGAUACCAUUUCUUCUUUGGGCGGCCUCCUUACGGUGUGAUGACUGACGAGUGGCAUGAAAAAUACGGCUGCUGGCGCGCCCUGCGCUCUGGGGAGGUGUUCGAUAAGGCUGUUGGCAAUAGACCGAAAGCACGUAUCUACAGGAGAUCUUCGUUCUCUCGUCCUCUAUCCAUUGGAGUAGCUUGGUGGCACCAUGAAGUGCAGCGAGGGAGUGGGUGCAUAAUACAACUAUUUUCCAUCUCAGUCGACUCCUUCCUAUGCAUAGCCGCCUCACGCUUGUAUUUGAUACUGUUGGUUGCAGUGUAUCUCCUUGAUCUGUUCUUCGGGGAGGCAGUUGACUGGUCCUCCAAAUCUGCGCCUCUGAGUACCUUAAUAGCAUUUCAUGAAGACCGU